GACAACUGAGAAAGAAUGGAGCCUGGCUCACGGAGCCAGUCUUUGGCACCAAAGUUAUCUUUAGCCCCAGGACGUUCUGGAAAUAACCGUGUUGUGAUCAAUGUGGGGGGAAUAAGGUACGAAACGUAUAAAACAACCUUAAAAAGUAUUCCCGACACCCGACUGUCAUGGCUGACGGAGACGACAGCCCAAAACCCAGACUACGACAAGGCGUCUGGGGAAUAUUUCUUUGAUCGCCACCCUGGUGUGUUUAACAUGAUAUUAAACUAUUACCGUACAGGGCGACUUCAUGCGCCCACAGACGUGUGUGGACCCCUCUUUGAGGAGGAACUUGCGUUUUGGGGCAUCGACGAGAAGCAGAUCGAGCCCUGUUGCUGGAGCAACUACAGGGCGCAUAGAGAUGCUCAGGAAACAUUGGCGGAAUUUGAUGAUGGUGUUGGGGACGAUGGGGAAAUGGAUGUAGAGGAUGAGGAUGAGAUUGCCAAAAGGUUCGGGAUAGUGGAAAAGAAAAUUGAUAAACCGUUUUGGGAACGGUGGCAACCACGGAUUUGGAGUUUGUUAGAAGAUCCGAAAUCUUCCACUGGGGCUAAGGUCAUUGCACUCAUCUCCGUCGUGUUCGUGCUUCUGUCCAUCUCAGUUUUCUGCAUGGAGACUCAUAUUAUAUUCCGACACCCAAGGAACAGUUCGGUCGAGGGAGGGACAACUGUGCGAGAGAUUCAACGCUUAACACAACCUUUGCUGUUUUUGAGUGUUAUUGAAUAUACCUGCAUCACGUACUUCACUAUAGAAAUCAUUAUCCGCUUUUUGUUUUGUCCCAGCAAGAUUUCCCAUUUAAAACACGUUUUAAACUGGGUUGACUUCACAUCUGUUAUACCUUUUUAUACCAAAAUUAUCGUGGUGGCCAUAGAUCCAUCUUUAGAAGAUUCAACCGGGUUGUAUUUUCUUAAUUCGUUACGAUUAAUUCGAAUUUUUAGAAUUUUAAAAUUGACUCGACAUGUGAGUGGCCUGAAAAUCUUAGCUCAAACAAUCAAAGCCAGUGCGAAGGAGUUGCUACUGUUAAUUCUAGUUCUGAGUAUCGGAGUGUUGAUAUUUUCCUGUUUAAUAUUCUACGCCGAGCAAGUUGAGGAGUCUUCGAGAAAUGACUUCCGGGAUAUACCAAUAGCGUUCUGGUGGGCUGUGGUAACCAUGACGACACUUGGAUACGGUGAUAUGUACCCCAGGACAGGACUUGGUUACAUCGUCGGUGCUAUAUGCGCACUUUGUGGUCUGCUCAUGUUGGCACUUCCGGUUCCGGUGAUUGUGAACAACUUCACCUUAUACUAUUCUCACGCUCAAGCCAGAAUGAAGCUCCCGAAGAAGACCAAGAACUUUCUAGUCGGAGCGGCAGACGCCCUCAAACAACAUGACUCUCGCGUUAGUCUCGAGAGCGGUGAGAGCAACCCGGAGCGAUCUUCAAGUUCGGAUAUUCUCAAGAACCUCCACGAUAAGGUGGACCGGAAGGGCAGCGAUAACAGUGAGGAGAGCACUGACAGCGGGAUAAAAACAGUGAGCAACAGCGGGGAGAUGAGCGGCAUCAGCGUCAUCUUCACAGACGAGAUGACGUAUCCGCAGCUUCCCCGGGUUCGAACCCCGCCCUCCGUCAAGCGGAAGAAAAGUCAGCCCCGACGACAGAGCCCUACUACAAACGGCGGCGGCAGCACCAGACGAGGUUCAAUGACCUUGAAAAAUAAUGGGACGUCAAGAAGAAGGUCUCUGUUCCCCACAAUGGCGGAUGUCGACGUGUGAGCCGCGGCAUCAGUUCACGGUGUUGACGUCGACAAUUAGCAGCAAGAACGCGCAUGACGUCGCAAUGCUGAAGUGCUUUGCUUCCCACACACUACCAGGGGCGCGUUGCAAGCCAAGAAUCGCUUAGAGUAAGCAAAUUAAUCGCUCACCCCGGGGUCUGCAACAGUUCGAAGCGCUUACGCACUCUUCCUAAAUGGCUGCGCAUCUACGGCUUGGUUGCCUUGCCCUAAUGAAGAACGUAAUGGAAGAGGCUCGGUGACGAACUGAUGAAAUUUAUGACUACUUUGAAGAUGUGGAGCAGACUGAGGAUGAUGGGGUGUUAGCUGCCUUUGCUCAUUUCCGAGUUGAUCGAGUCAAGAAUUUCUUGUUCCGUUUUCGAACUCAGCCGCCAUUUUAGUUUGAGAAGGACGCGACCUCAGUCAGCGAAUGGAAUGAUUGCAAGCGGCUGAAAGUUAGCGCCCUGUUGUAAGGCGAAUCGCGAUUGACGCUUUGUAACGCUCCCCAGUUGUAAUUUUGACAUCGACGUAUUGUGACGUCGUGUGUUAUGACAUCAGAUCAUGAUAACCUUCUGACAUGACGUCACAUGCUGACGUAUACAACCAUAUCUGUGAUGUAUUACGAAGAUAUUGGAUAGCCAUGUGCAUUCAACACUACCCGGUGAAAAAAUGGACAUGGUUUGGUGUAAUUGACUAGCCAUAUUUCAGCGGUUAUGGGGCACGGAAUAGCACAGGAUAGAUAUUAACUGGACAACAUACUAUGGUCAAGCCGUAUGACGAUAGUAGGUAACACCAGUUGUAAAACUGGUUCAGCUUACUGGUUUCGUAAAAGAACGUUUCUGUUUUAAGAUUGACAAAUUUGUAUUUUUAUGAGUGUGGUUCGUUGCUUCGGUUGAAAUGGUUUGGGGUUGGGGGUUGUUGGGUGGCUGUUAAAAUAAUUCACCAGGACAUAAUCGAAGUGAUAAUUAUCAUGUGAUAUUUUUUUUAUACACAUUACGUUUAUAAAAUGGGGCGGUGGGGUAUCCAAGUGGUUUAAGCGUUUGCUCGAGAAGACGCGGUUUCGAUUGCACACAUUGGUACAAUGUGUGAAGCCUAUUUCUGGUGUCCCCUGCUGUGAUAUUUCUGGAAUAUUGCUAAGAGCGGCGUAAAACCAUACUCACUCACGUUUAUUGAAAGAACCGAUAUAUUGGAAUUACAGUAUAUACCGAACCACUGCUUUCCGAGACUACGAGGAAGCUCAGUUGCCAAUAGGAACCACUGCAAACACUAGAUAAUUAAAAAGCAGUCGACUCUACAAAGAAAACUGGAAUUUUUAAAGGGUUAGUGUGGGAUGGGAGCUGAGUUGAGGGAUGGUCCAAAAUUUGAGACAAAAAUGGAGUACAAUAAUAUGGAAUCCCAGUAUUGCCUCCUCGCCCUUACAAAUCCAAGCCAAACUUGAAUUGGUCAAAAUGUUGUGUUGUCGCACUUUGAUACAUUUUGUCAUUUUGCGACAAGGCGAUAGUGCCCCUUUUAAUGUACCAUACAAACCACAGACAUGUAUUGUAAGGGCGACAAGGUGACAGUGUCCCUUUUAGUAUUCCAUACAAACCACAUUAUUAUUCUUUCGACCCUCACUCACUGUCUCCCCUUAUCCUGAGUCACCCGCCAUCUACAUUCUCAGACUCUACCGCCUCGAGGGGCGGUCGGGUAGCCUAGUGGUUAAAGCGUUCGCUCGUCACGCCGAAGACCCGGGUUCGAUUCCCGACAUGGGUACAAUGUAUGAAUCCCAUUUCUGGUGUCCCCCGCCGUGAUAUUGCUGGAAUAUUGCUAAAAGCGGCGUAAAACCAUACUCACUCACUCACUCUACCGCCUCUACCAGUUCAUUUGACUAUUUUGACAUCCGAUUUUACUAGUGUUACACCGUGAUUUACAAAAAAGGUACUGCAUAAAAACACAAUAGAUUAUUUUCAAGGAUAACAUUUAGAACACUUUUCUUAUCGAUAAUUCAUUAUGAGGUUGUUUUUGAAGGAGCUCCAAGCGAUGGUCCCGCAUUCCAACCACGGUAUUAAAUACGGGAGCUUCUACACGAAAUAUUGACUCAAACCAAGAUUCAACAUAAAAGCAAUUUAUCAAGAGCCAUGAAAAUCUCGAGCAGCAAAACUUGUGAUUUUUCUAAAUGAAUCCCUGCUGGUCAUCGAUCCCACAUUACAUUAUCGUCUGCUUUGUUUUUAAAAUGGCGCUGGUUUAUGACGUCACGCUCGUGGAAUCGAUGGCGCCAUUAAUCAGAUUGCGGACCACCUGUGGAAAUUCACACACUUGUCUUGAUGUGAGUAUCGGUGAUUUGAGACACGAACUCAGGCAACAAGGAAGAAAUGAGGAAGGAAUGAGGUUGUUUCCAUUAAACGAUUUCUUUGAAUUACUUAGCUAUUUCAAGAAGAUU